GCUGGAGAUCUUGCCACGCUCAGCAGCGCGAGCCUUUCCCCGACGCGACGUGGGGCGCCCUGGAGUUCCAAUUGGCCUGCCGCGCUCCACUGUGUCGACGAUUGUCGUGGGUUCUUGGCGCCGACGGAGCUCCCUCCUGGCAGCAUUAUCGAGCCGCUGACACACGCCCGAUCAGCAUUGUCGGCGCAUCUCCCCAGCUCUAAAACCCCAGAUGCCAUCCCUCGAGGCCUAUCUGGUCACCUUCAACUGUGCCCGCGAACCCGUGAACCCCGACACCCUCGCCCCCCACCUCUUCGACGCUCUCCCCCAGGACGCUGGACUGCCAGAUGUCGUCGCUAUUGCGCUGCAGGAGGUAGCCCCCAUUGCCUACUCGUUCCUGGGCGGAUCGUAUCUUGAGCCCUACUUCAGCCAGGUAGCUUCGACGGUGCAAUUGGCCGCCAAGCUCCACUCAGAUGACGCCCAGGCUUACCAACAUUUCCUCACCCGGAGCCUGGGGAUGACGGCCUUGAUGCUGUUCUGGAAGCCAGCAGUCGCCAGCAAGAUCCAAUGGGUGCAGUCUGCAGGCGCUGGAGUCGGCCUGUGGGACAUGGGCAACAAGGGAGCUGUAGGAGUCCGAGUGGGACUCGCUCUGGACAACAGUGACGAGACUUUUGAUAUCACCUUCGUUUCAGGCCAUCUCGCGCCCAUGGAAGGCGAGGUCCCGAGGAGAAACCAAGACUGGGAAAACAUUGUUCGUAACCUCGUGUUCAUCAACGACGAAACCCCGAAGUCUUCGGCCGAAGAACAGCCACUUCUAUCCUCCCCUUCUGCACCACCACCACCAGACAACACCGGCCUCUACCAUCCUAGCAACCACAUUUUCGUCGCCGGCGACCUCAACUACCGGACCCAUGAUACUCCCCCAGACCCCAAUUCGCACAUCAACUAUCCCCAGCCAACACCCUCCUCAGCCUCCCCAACCCACUUCUCCCACUUCCUCAAAACCGACCAGCUUGCCCGCGAACUCGACGCCAACCGCACUCUCCACGGCUUCUCCGAGGCUCCAAUCACCUUCCCCCCGACCUACAAGCAUUCCCCCAAGCCCGAUUCAUCCUCCGACGCCGAUGAGCAAUGGCAGUGGGCGAAACACCGCUAUCCCAGCUGGUGCGACCGCAUCCUCUUCCUGCCGCCACUUCGACCGCAUAUCUACACUUCGCUCGCGCUGCAGAAGACUUCUGACCACCAACCUGUUGCUCUCUCUGUUUCUGUCAGUCUCGAUCCACCCAAUCGCGUCUAUGACGCUGAGCCGCCAUUUCCGCUGAACAAGGACUGGCGAGCACGAGCAGAUGCAGCGAGGAGGAAGGAGAUUGUGGUCGGUGUAUUGUCCUAUCUUGCAUUGACGAGGAGCGGAAACGCAGUGCUAGUUGGUGUGGUUGCGGUGGUGGUUGCAGGGGUGUGGAUGGCGGGAUGGAUGAGUGAGGGAGGCGGAUGACGCUGGUACGAGGCCCUUUCAUUGGUUUACGAACUAAUGUAGAUAUAGCAUUGACU